GUGAGGGACCAGAGCCCUGCAUCAGCUUCCAUGCCUCUGCCUGUUCCUUUGGCCACGGCUGAGCCCGAAGGCUUCGCUCAGCCAUGGGACGAGGGGGUGUUCGGGGUCAUCUUUGGGGAUAAAGACUUCUUAGAUUUUCCUGUCGCAAAACUGGGCCCUACGUUUUUGCCAGGGGAAGGAAGCCAGUCGUCUGAGGUCGUGGAAAUGCCAUCCAAACGUCUGAAGGUUGUGCACAAGGAUGUUUCCUACUCCCGGGUGGUCAAGUCUAGAGCAGCCGUGGACUGGAAGCAGCAGAGGAGUGCCCAGCUUGAGAUCGGACUGCAAACCUGGCUUGAGCUGGUGUUGAAGUGGGGACCUUGUGUGCUCACUUCCCAUGUAGAGGCUUGCACGAGCAGAUGUGAUCAGCUGGAGGUGAUAGGAGACAUUCUCAAGGGAAAGGCUCCCUCGACCAUUCUGAAGCGAGCCAGGGCCCUCAUCUUGUUGCAGGAUUUUCUUAAAGAGAGGGACUCGUUCUUCCCCUGCGCGGAGGAGGAGGUUUAUCAAUUCCUGAAAGUUCUUGAGAGGGACAAGGCUCCGAAGAGUCGAAUAGCUUCGGUUAUGGAGGCGUUGAACUUCACACUUCAUGUGGGGCAUGCAGAUCCUUGGACCCGCCUCUUCGCAGGGGCAGCUCUCGUUUGCGCAUAUGCAAGGCGCCACAGGUUCUUGCAUGCAGUGGCUCCUGCCCUGGGCAUCCGACCCUAUGGUCAUCUCUGGAAGCAGUGUCGCGAACAGUUGGGGGUGGAGGUUAGUGGUUCGUGCCCCUUCAUGCCGGCACCUGAUGCUCAGGGGCAGCCGACAAUCCGCGCCUUGGAUUCAGAUGAGGCUACAGCUUGGUUGAGGAUGUUGUUUGGUCAGACGAAAGUCUGUGGUGACACAUCAUCAAAAUCUUUGAAAGCCACCGUCAUCUCGUGGGCGGCCAAGAGAGGGGUCGAGCCCCUUUCUUUGCAGAGGCUAGGCUACCAUGCAUCAGGUGGGAUGGACAUAGUGUACAGUCGUGAUGCCCAGGCUCCACUCGUGAUGUUAGUUGAGCGUUUGCUGAGGGAGGUCGCGGAAGGAUCGUUCAAGCCAGAUGAUACCAGGAGCGGCCGGAUUGUGACUUCAGGUGCCGUGCCCCUUGUGCAGCCGGUUCAACCUGUAGGCUCGGAGCUGGUUGAGAGUUUAGCUACUUCCUCAGGUGUUGCCUCCCAGGCUCGGUUGCAGUGCAAGGAAGAGCAGCUGCCAGGCUCGAAGAGUGAUGCAGCGGUGUUGCAAGUCGACAGUGACUCCGAGGGAUUUGCUUCGGAGGGUGAGUCGAUGGAAUCAUCGGACGAAGAUGAAGGCCAGCCGAUUGCGCUGGUGGCCCAGGGCCACCUGGUGCCACCAGGCUUUGACAUUUGGAGGACGGGCGGGUGCACCAUGGCAUUGAUCGCAUCGGAAGCUGCCUUUUUGCAAAGAUGCACCGAGGUGUCUCCAGAUGGUUCGUUGCAUACGGCAUUGCUCGGCCAGGGCAUAAAGAACUUCCGACAACUAGCCUUUUCGAUAGGAACGCCUCGAGUGGAGCCGUCGGCCGCUCAGUAUCUCGAAUUGGCGACCCAGAUUUUUGGUGCAAGCCCUUCGCUGGGAAACGUGGCAAUGUUGCGUGACUUACACUUUGAAUCAACGACCUACGUGAUACAGGUGUUCAAAGAGCAAGCCACUUCAGACGGCACAGACACACAGGUGAAGAGAUUGCCCAUGCCAGAGCGCGCAGCGAGGGCAGCAGAGCAGCAACGUCGUUUGUGCGGGGUGUCAAUUUCAGGGGAACUGCAACCUUCGUAUAGCCUCAUCGACAAGUGCAAUACCAUGUAUGAAUCAGGAGCCCUUGUUUGGCUAGCACCUUCUGUUUGCAGCAAGAGGGAUGCCGAGGUGUCUCUAGGUGUCAACGAGAAAUCUCCUGUUGUUCAUUUGGAAAAGGAUUCGUUGAAGCUUGCGGCCCCCGCGCAGAAGAUUCCAGUUGACUUGUCGAGCCCGCUGUGCUUGCAGUGGGCGUGGCAGAGAAGAGGCAUUGCUUUGGAUCAGUGUAGUCUGCUCACCUGGAAAGUUCACGAAGAGUAUGUUCAUCGUUUGUUGAACUUUUUGACUGAGGUGUGGACUUUGUUGGCCAGGGAGGUUCCUCCUCCCUACAAGACACUAGCUGAUGGCACUAAGCCUUUGGAUCAACCUUUCAAGGCGAUGGCUUUUGACCAACGCUCCUCAACCGAUGCGGCCAUGCCCUACAUGCCCGAGAUUCCUCCUCAUGUCGUGGAUGGCUUGCCCCGUUGUGCCAAAGGGCGAAGCCCAAGUCGUGACUAUCAGAAGGUCUUGGGUCAGUGGAUCCGGGCCCCGAGCCUGUGCGACAUCCUUGAGUUGUUUGAUGCAUUGCCCAAGUCGCCUUCCCCUCGCCAGUCUGAAGGAUGCCCCGCCAAAAGGGCACCUUUUAUCUCGGCAUUUCUCUACGUGGGGGGAAGUGCAGGUCUUCAGAUUUGGGAUACCACUGCCUCCCGAAAAGUUGUAGAUGAAAACAUUUCGGGUGAUGAAGUAGUCUUGUCUAAAAGGAGAUUGAAGUUUGUAGCAAAAUGGACGGCCAGAGCCAAGGAGCUGGAGGUUCGUAGGCCAGAGUUUUCUGUUGACACGUUGAAGCACCUUGCUGAUGGUCUGAACAAGGCCACGCGCGAAAAGAUGGCUCAGCGACAGAGCCCAGAGCUUGAGCAGGCAACGUGGAACGAAACUCUGGCUGAGUUGCAGAGCGAAUGGAUUUGGCAAGCACCUGACAGCGAGGAAGAUGUAAAAGUUUAUGCUAGAAGAUUCGGAUUGGAUCAACACGGCAAGAUUCGAGUGAUAGAUGACUGCAGUUGCUGUGGCCUGAAUGCCACGGUAGGAGUGGUUGAGAGGUUUGUCGUGCACGCCAUCGACAGAAUGGCGUCAAUGCUUGCCUACGCCUUGGAAGUGUCCAAGGAUGCCAGCACGUCGUUGUGUGGACGAACGUACGACCUAAAAUCCGCCUACAAGCAGUUUCCUGUUUCUUGUAAAGACAGAGAUUUGCUUCGCAUGUGGGUCAACUGCCCGCACCGUUCCGUCGCUGCUUUUCUCAGAAUCAGCAAUUCCAUAUGGAUGAUUGGCACCAUAGCUCUCAGAGUGCUCUGGUUGCUAGGCCUGACGUACGCCAGGGAAGGAAAGAAGGCUCCUGAGUUUGCGCCCGUCUUCAACAUGCUAGGUGUUGACCGAUCGUUGCCUGAGUGCCAAACUUUCAGAACGGCUAAGAGAUCAGGGUCUUUGCGACACAGCCUUUCUGCUAGUGCUGUGAAAGCAAUAGGCGGUGUGGGAGCCAUCCUGUACAAUAACGUAGGCUGUGCGGUGGGAGCUUUUGGCUCCACAGUUCCCCAGACUUUCUUGAAUAG